UCUGAGCUUGCUAUCAGGAGCCUGAACACACCAGUGCAUUUUAAACAUGGAUCUGAGGGCUUGACUCACUUUGGUGAGUUUUCUUUGUUCAAUAACUUCAACAGAAAAACUUUGUUCACCGUGAAAGACAACCGCUAAUUGGGAUUUCUUCAUGCUCUGCAGGUGGUACUGUACUGGAUUUUUCGAUUCUACACUGAGGAUUUGUUUGAUACCCGAGUCUAAAUAAGACCCUCACCCUCAGAAUGAGAGAGAACUAUCACCAAGGAGGUUUACAUGUGCCACGACUUCCCUGACAUCAACCUGAGCUGCAAAACCACCAAAAGACCUACAGAGCUGCAGACCUGCAGCAGAUGUAGAGGAGACAAGACUGGGGAUGCACAAGACAGAAACACACUUGUUGCCAUCAUGAGCUGUGUGGAAAAGCGACAUGUGAGCCAUCGGGGGGGGAGCAUGCUCCACCAUCGCUUCCCCAAUGGCUUCACUGACUUGUUCAUGGAUGAGACGGACCGGGAGGUCAGCACUCUCACUGACCGAGCCUUCCGAAGUCUCUGCGUUGGAGAUGACGCAGUUUAUAAUGAUGAGGUGUUGUAUGGAUUUUCACCUUUCAGCUGCCAUAAACCCUUGGCAGGGGAGCCUCUUAAAAAGACUCAUCAUAAGGAAUCGAAAAAGCACGGGCAAAAGAAAUGUGACAAAAACAAUGCCCAGCCGUGGAAACAGCAGCAGCAAAAGAAUAUGUCCAACAUGACAUCUUUCCUUAAGGCAAUGAGUGCCACAGAGGAAAGCUGUGAGGGGAUGCUAAUCAAAAAUGGAGGUACUAUGGAUUCUAAUGGGGAAUCAUGGGAUAAGUCAGCACUUCGCAGCAUCCAAAAGGAGUUAUCGGAUUUCUCCACGGUUUAUCACCCCAAUCUGAGGGAGGGACAAUACAAGAACCAUCAUCGACAUCACUCUGGUGGUGGUUCAUCCAACAAAACAGGCAAGGAUGCUGCCCUGCCCUCAGGGAAAUCCUCAAAGAUCAAAAACGGGAAAACCACUGUCAAAUUAAAGAAACUUAACAUCAAAAACUUUUUCCUCCACAGUGAGUUAAGCCCUUUCCAGACUUGGAGAGAUUUUAAACACUUCCCCUUUGGCCAAGAGGAGACAGUAACAUCUGUACGUCCCAAAGAUGAUAUCCCUAAAUGGUUCGACUUGCCAUUUUACAAGGAAUUGACAGAUGCACACAGAAAAGAGACUCUGCACACAGUGGAGGCGCAGUCAUGCCAGAAAGCAGCAGUAGAGCCCCCUCCACCCACUGCUCCUAAACCCAUCCCUCCUCCUCUUCCACCAAAGGUCCUGCCAAAGCCCUCAAGUACUCCGGCGGAGAAGAGGUGCUCUUCGGAGGGAGGAGAUGGGAUUACUGCCCCCUGGAGGCGCAACAGGUCAAGGGCAAGAAGUGCAAUUCCGGUCAAUCAGCCAGAAACACCAAGUCAGGAAAAUUAUUCAAAGACAACUGAUGAAACUCUUUUGUUAGUCAAAAAGGAACCUAAAUCUGUGGAGGUUAAAGCUAUAGAGGAGGUCAGCUCUUUGGCCUCUACUCCAUUCAGCAUCUGCCAACUGAUGACUCCUCUCAUUCCCUCCAGACAACCAACGGAAACAUCAGAGAUCCUCUCAGUCUUCUCACCCUCUGCCCUUGACCUUCCACUUAGACCACACUCUGAGGUCAAAGUGACCCCCGAACCUCCAGUCAAGCGGGAGAGCUACAAAUCACUAGCCUCUAGCAUCCUCUUCAACCUCAAGGACAACAGGAAAAGGGUUAAAAGCCGUUACAGCCCGCCUAAAUUCAAAACUAUAGAGUUGCCUGAUGGUGGCAUCCAGUCCCCACAAUCUGAUAAUUAUAAGCAUCCACAAGCCGGCUCUGACGGUAAUGCAUCUGGCUUUAGCACCCCUGCCUUCUUUAGAGGUGGACAGACAGUUUGUAGUCCGAUCUUGGAACCUGACAGCAGCCCAACUGCUGGUCUUACAAACAACGAUACUAACAGGCCUCUCUCAGUUGACUACUUGUUAUCAAAUCUACUGCAAACCAAAAGGGAUGCUGCUAAUGGUGAGGAGAAUCCGAUGUCCCCCUUUACAUGCUCAAAAAAGAAUAGGAGCCCCAUGGGUAAGAAGCAAAACUACCCCUCUCUGAAUUUGUACAAGAAAACCAACCCUGUUGAUAGUGAUAUGAAAUAUGUUCAAGUUCCUGCGAGCAGUGGUGCUCCUGCAAACACAGACCACCUAACUGUGACAGAUGAACUUUCACCACUAAUGCUCAACAAAGUCUCCCCAACAGCACUGCCAAUAAACACAAGGCCUUUACCAAAUACUUUAAAUCUCAGCAAAGAUCUAUCACCCAUAAUUUCACCCCGUGCCAUUGAGAACGAGAGGUUGUCAUCAAACUUAUCGGUAGAGAAAAGAUUCACAAAUUUACCAGACAAAGCUAAUCAGCUGGUGAAAGACAUAAAAGAAAUAGACUCUGGAGUUCAGGCAGCUUUUAAGGAAAAACAGGCUAGUGGCCAAACCACGAGUACAAUGGAUGUGAUCAGAGCAGCGAGGGAAGCAAUCAAUGCAGCGAAAAACAAAGCUCUUUCUGCGACUCAGCCAGAAAGCAUCAAUAAGCCAAUUUCAGACAGAGAAGAAAGGAAAGAGAGUGAAGUAGAUGAGAAGGUUGCUUAUUCAAAGGAAAAUGUUAGCAACAAGAGGGAGGGUUCAUUAUCAGAAAACAACAAUAUUUUCUCUCAAAGUAGAAAUGAAUCAACUGGUACAACACUUGUUGGCAAACAUCUCGUCAAGAAAGAGCCACCGCCAGUUCCAAAGAGAAAUUUUGCCAAAUCUGAUAUUGAAUUUGCAUUUGACAAACAUCAGACAGAUAAUUUUGAAAAACCCAGUAGGUGUAAUUCAGUGAAUGCAAAACUAGAUUUACCAGAGAAAGAAAUUGAAUCUCUCCCAAAAAAAGCAAAGAGCAAACAUGUCUUCUCAGCCAGACAGAACAAUUACAUUAAAAAUCAGAGAUUUGCUGUGACAGAUGAUGAUCAAGGACAGGAAUAUGAGGAACUUGAUCAGAAUGUGAGUAUGAGGUCAGAGAAGGAUGAGAAUGUGACGUCACUAAGACAAACGAGAGACAGCGAGCACAUUAUGAAUGAUCUGCAUGCUCUGAAAGAGCUGCAGAGGGCAAAGCUUGGCGAUCGCAUACUUGAGAACACCAGGAACAAAUUUGGGAUAAUUAACAUUGAUGAGGAGGCCAGGGCGAAGAAUGAUUUGAUCUCAAGGGAGCUUCGUAAUAUAAAGAAGGGCAUGCUAUCUAUGAGAGGGAACACAUCAGCUAAGAAAGAUGUGUUUUCCAAGACAGAGAAGGAACAGAGAAAGCAGGAGGCUUUCACAAAGAAAGUCACUAACGUCAUGGUAAACAAAGCACUUCUAAAUGACAAUUAUGACAAAGCCAAAAUGGCACUUGAGGAGAUAAUUUCAGAGAGGGAGAAAAGAAAGAAUAUAUUUGACGACAAAGACGAUAAUUCAACAUUUGAUGAGAACGCUAGCGAAGAAUGUUAUGUAACAAGGGGACAGAAAUGUAAAAACGCAAUGAAUGAUUCAAUGAUAGAGGGCAAGGAAAGACAAAAUGGCAGCAUUUCUGCAUUAAAUGAGAGAGAUCUAAAGGAGAGGUUAAGCGAUCUGAGAGACCGCAAUCACGUGAGGCAAAUUCUGUCACUAACCGAGCCUAGGCAUGGUGAGACUCACAGACCGGGUGGUAGGAAAGCUCUACCUGUUAUGGAAAAGGCUUUAAAUGGGCUAGACUCACUCCUUAAAGCUAAACAUGGUAUUGAUAAACAAAUUGAUACUCCUAGCUAUGAAUCAGAGGUGGGGAAUUUCAGCCAUGUAGCGAGACAGAUGUCUGAAGACAGUGGUGAAAGUCUGAGUAAUGAAAUCGGAAGCACAAAGUUUGAUGCUCCACCUGUUCCUCCGAGGAGUAAAAAAGGAGGCAUUACUAAGGAAAUAAAUAUUUCAAAUGAUGCAGUAGAUGAGGAUGCCUCGGACGAAGUUGGGAAAUAUGAAAAUGGUGAGGUGUUCUUGGAUGAAAGGAGGAGGACAGGCUCAGGAAAACAAGAAGAAGACAGUGACCAGUUCACAAAAGAAACUCUGCCCAUUCAAAAUGAACAAUUUUCUGAUGAAGACAUGUGGGAUUUGGUAAUUAACGCAAAUUCAAAAUCCAUCAUAGCUCCUCAUGCAGUUGUCUGUGAGCCCAUCUCAUCUUCAAAUUACCUACAAUCUGAAAAUAGCUUGCACUUGUCACCAAAGUUCAAGGGAGAUGAAAACGAGCCAACUGAUUUACAGACAGUGAGGGCCAAAGGGGAAACCACAUUUGAAAACAGCAAUGAAAAGUCACAGGAAGCACGCAAGGUAAAGAGAAAGGCCCCUUUAAGACCAGACCAUCUGCCAAUCACACCAGAUGACAAAGUAACCAGGAAUAAAGUUGCAGAAGAGGAAUCGGACAAAGCAUAUAGACACACUGAGGAAGUAAAUGGAGAUACAGAGGCCGUGUGUAAAACGCCCAGAGACAUAAUAUCACCUUUACUACUGGUGAAUGGUGUUAGUGUCAAUCAGAGCCCACCUGAUCAAGCUAGCUUGUCCUCAAAAUCCUCGUACUUCUCUGCAGACAGUGCACAGCACAGAAACAUUGAGACGGAUUCCAACAUCUACCACUCACUGGAGAACUUGAUGGGAGAGGUUGAGGGAAUGCUGAAUGUUCCACAAAACACGAAACACGAUUUGGACAGGACUGAGAUGGAAUAUUAUUCUUUGAGCGAUCAUGAAAGUGAGUCCGAGGUUAUGAAGCGAGCGAUAGCAGUGCUUCAAAAAGAGGCAGAAGUGCCCGACUACGACAGCAAGGAGAAGUACAAUAUCACAGCAGAUGAAAGUUUAACGCAAGAUGAAAAACCUCCAAUGACGCCAAUAUCACCCCCUAACACAUUCUCACCAACUUUGGCAAUCCCCUCUUUAUUUAAAAUCAAAGACAACACUUUUAAUAUCAAGUCGAAGAAGAAACUACAACCUUGGGUGCUGGGAGGUAGUCUGGGUGGUUCAGAGAGGGGAGAAGAUCAAGCAAAGGAAAACCCAGAGCUCACACUUAUUAAUGUGACCACUACCAGUGAUGCCACCUUACCUCCAGCAGAAACCUUCACACCUAAAGAGAUUGUAACCAACCACUUGCCUCCUCUGCUGCUUUCACCUUCAAAUCUACUGAACGAAAUCCCAAAGAAACCCCAACUUGGACAGUUCCUCACUGUCCAACAGGAGGAGGACAGGUUGUCUGGAGUGAGUCCAUUAUCUGAGGGUGUGGAGAGCGUAACAACCAGCACAGCUGAGAUGGGAAUGAGCGCAGGAGUCCUAGGAGAGCGUGAUGUGUCUAAGGUUCUCAGCGAAGGCUCCGGAUCCACCUACAGUGGAAACGAAAGCCAAACUGGGUUACCCAAACCCCCCAUUGUCUUACCAAAAUCGAACAAGGCUGUUCUCAAAGCCAUUAAGCUGACGAAUAGAAGAAUCAAGAAGGAGGAAGCCCGGAAGUCCCCCAACAAGUCAUCUCAAAGCAGCAGCAAGCACAGAGCAGACAGACAAAAGGCUGACAAGUCUGAGCAAAAAAGUGGCAGCAGCAGUAAGAAUAGCAAGAGCAUCGAGAGAAAGCCCCACCAUCAGAGUGAGGAUCACCCUGGUAGAGCAAACAUUGAAGGAAGUGAGCAACUACUCCAUGAAGACAGUGCCCACAGAAGCGAAGACCACCAUCCAGACAGAGCACAGAUGAACCACAAUACUACGAGACGGGGCAACAAGUCACCGGACAGCCACAAGCAGGGCAAAGAAGCACUACCCAGUGCUGCAACCGAAAGGCCAGGCCGCAGCAGCGACAGACACAUUCGAGACAAGUCCAAAAGACAUUACAGCACUGAUAGGGUCAUCAGUAACGUACCUGUGUACAAAGCUCAAGUCAGCCCCAUGUCGGACAGGCCCUUCCAACGGUCGCAGAGCAUUGAUAGAUACUUGGGAGACAAAGUGGAACGCCGGCUUAGCGCCGAUUUGUCAGCGAACGAGAGGUUUGAUCCACGGACGCAGCGCAUUGAGAAAUCCAUCGUGGACGGGAUCCAGCAGAGAGGCCGAGCCAGAGACAAGGCGAGCAGAGACAACCCGUCGAGGAGGAGUCAGAGCAUUGAUGCGUACAGCACUGAAGCAUCUCACCCUCCAACUCUGUCUCGCCAGUCGAGCUACAACAGCCAGUUUUCACGCCAGUCCAGCAUUGAGCACGCCAUCGUCGCACAGUCUUUUCCCAUGACCCAACGCAAGCUCCUCCAGGAUCCAGAAUCGGGGCAGUAUUUCUUCGUCGACAUGCCCAUACAAGUCAAGACAAAAACCUUCUUUGAUCCCGAAACAGGAAGCUACGUGCAGCUGCCAGUCCAGCCACCAGAGGGAGUUAUUCCCCAGCCUUCCCCCAUGGAGGUCUUGACCCCCCCAAUGGUUGUGUACCACAGCUUUGUGCCAGUGCCUCUGUCCCCCAUGGCUCAGCAAGCUAUCAUUCAAACUGCUGCUGUAGAGCCGGAGGAGUUUGAGCAGAGACGCCUAGAAAGGUCAAGGCAAAUGCACUGUAUGGAGGGACAUCAGUAUUUAGAGCCUGUCUAUGGUCAACAUGACCACAUGUUAGGGGAGUUCAUGGGCACAGAGGAGCUGGACUGUCCAAGCUGAUAAAACAUGAAGAUCCAAAGGAAAAAUCCACCCUCCUCAUAUGCUGUUUUCUCUCAUCAGAUUGUUGUGUUCAUUGCAUCCCAGGAAUUAUUUUGUAAACUUUUACUCGAGCUCUUGAGAUUUGACGGUUAAAUAUUAAAUGUGAUGAACCCCCUGUAUUUUCUAAGAUUCAUAAUAUGCUGUUUGUCUACGAUUGAGUAGAAUGGCCAUAUUGAGGAAAAACUAUUUCGAGAAUAAAGUUUUUAUAUUGUGAGAACGAAGUUGAAACUGAGAAAAAAUGUUUAAUGUAACAAGAAGAACGUUUUGCUUUAGCUAGACAAAAAGUCAUAAUAUUUUGAGAAUAAAGAAGGUUGGACACAACCAGCAAGGAAAAGACUUUAAUUCUUGUAAAAUUAAAUUAAAAUUCUCAUAUUAUUAUGACCCUAUACACUCUUAAUAAAGCUGUGUGGGCUUUGUGAAGUUCAAUCGAUAUUUAUACUGAGGAUUUAUUUUUGACUUAACUGUUAGCUGAGAACAAUUUAUCAAUUUUUGGGUGAAUGAUGACUUUCUGUUGAAUCCUAUCGUCUGAGUAUGAGUUUAAGGAUUUGUGAAAGACAAUGUGCAAUUUUCGAGACAGAUGAUGGACAUGGAUAAUCCAUGUACAUAAUGUAUUUAAGUGUAAACAGAAAGGGAAAGCUUGAAUGUAAAUGUGGAAUAUUUAUUGUAAAUGCUGAGUUUGUUAUAUUUAACUACAGUGGUGUUUUGAUCUGUACGACUUUUCAGGUAUUUUGCUGUCUUUUUUGUUUUAUUACCUGCAAAGGUUGUUGCUUGAGCUUCUUUUUCCACCAGACAGUUUCCAGUCACUCGAGUUAGAGAUAUCUGAAAUAAAGAUUAUUGUUUAAAAAAAUCUAAACUUUAAUUUGUUACUGAUUUUAACUGAUUGUUUUCACGCAACUAAAUGUUCAGAUUCUUUGCAUGCUGAAGUUUAAAUUGCCGUGGAAGAUGUCUGAUACAACACAGAGUUUCGUUGAUACCAUGUAAAUGCUUGAAUUGGCGUUAUUGAAAUCAAUAAUUUUUUUUUAAUAAGCAGAGGAUAUGAAGGAGAAUUGGUUUUGCGAGUUUGUUGCAUUGGCAUUUUUCUAAAUUAGAAAAAAGCAGGGCUGUAUUGUGUCUGUGAUCCAUUCCAAUAAAAAACAACUGUUUUUACAGA